AUGGAAAAUAUCAAAAUUUCUGUUGAAAUAGUCACCAAUAAAAGAUAUUUUAUGGAGAACGCCGUGAAUAUUUCUUUCAAAUUCAUCAAUAAAACUUUGAAACAAAAACAUUCGGAUUGGAUUGCAUUAUAUAAGUGUAGCAGCAAUAGAAAUUUAGAAGAGUUUGUUGCAGUAGAGAUGGAUUUAAAAAUGCACACACCGAUAAAAUAUGGUUAUCGUCAAGUUAUAUUUUAUGCAUACCAGUUGAAAAAUGUUAAUUGUAAUGAAGAUUAUGAAUUUCUAUAUGGCAAUGAAUUUAAUGAGAUUUAUGGAAUUAGUCAACCAAUACGUUUCAUUCAUCAAAAUGAAUGCAUCUAUUGUUAUCCUAAUAACUCAAAAUUAGAAACAAACCACCAUAGUAGUUGUGCCUCUCAGGAAUUAAUCAAUUCAUUAUUAGCUCAUAUUUCUACUUUGGAUAAUAAACUAACCGACUGCAAAAUAAAAUCUAACGAGAUUGUUUCAAUAAAUAAGCAUUUGAUAACUAAAAUUAAUGAGAAUGAAGCUAUUGUUCAAACAAAUAAUGAAUUUUUAAGCAAUUUGUUUUAUUCUAAUGAACCUGUGACUAGAGAUGAAUAUUUGAUGGAAACAUGUACUAGUAUUGAUUUGGCAAUGAGUAGUAUUGAAAGUAAUGAAUAUGAACUACAAGAUCUGCAUUAUGGGUUUGAAAAAGCAUUACAAAAGUUCAUUAAUAAAGAGGACGAAGAAAUUAAUGAUGAUCAGUCUCCAGAUACUGAUACUGACACGGUGUUAAAUAUUACAGCAAAUGUAGAAAGUGGGUUUACGCCAAAACCAUCUUCAGCAGAUACUGUUUAUAUUAAAGACAGCGAUGAAGAUGAUGUUUAA